GCAAUCCCGAUUUAUUGUAUAAACAUGCUGGAGCUGCAGUUUUCAUCUGACAAAUAUGACUGCAAUAUCGAUCUCGUUUCUCUUCGACGAUAAGCAGAUUGAACAUCGUGUGUGGACAGUUAGUCAGCCGUCAUUGGUUACCUCCCAAUGUCCCAAAAUAAUAUGGGUCGAGCGAAUCUGAUAUGAUGAUAUCUGAGAAUUGACACGCGAUCGCAGAAAAAAUGGGUGUUCAAAAUUUGUGGCAGAUUUUGGCUCCCGUGAAAUCAACGGAAUCCAUCGAUGUGUUGAAAGCGAGGAUGGUCGCAGUGGAUCUAGCGAUAUGGCUCGUUGAGAGUCAAGUCACUGGGAUCAAAAUGAUGCAAGGCAGAGUCAUCAAACCUCAUCUAAGGAACCUCUUCUUCCGGGUUUCCAACUUCCUUCGGCUCGGCGUGAAGUUGGUGUUUGUCAUCGAUGGUACUCCACCGGAGCUUAAAUGGGAGGAGAUUGCUCGAAGGAAUGAAGCCAGAGUUGGAGGAGGAUCAAGAGGAGGAUGGAGAGGAAAAGAUAGGAGAAGAGGAGGAGGAGGAGGAGGAGUAAAGAAGGCUUCAAGGUCCCACUUUACAUCUUGGUUGAAAGAGUGUCAAGAGCUAUUAGAACUGAUGGGCGUGCCCUGUAUACAGAGCAAGGGGGAAGCGGAGGCCAUGUGUGCUGCGCUAAACAGUGCAGGGAUGGUUGAUGGCUGUAUGACAGAAGAUGGUGAUGUAUUUCUCUAUGGAGCUCAAGUUGUUUAUAGAAACCUAAAUAUGGCGACAGGAGAGGUGGACUGUUACAGUAUGGAUGAUAUUAGGAGAGAUCUAAACCUGGACCGUAGGCGGUUGAUAGCUCUGGCCAUUCUUCUCGGAUGUGAUUAUCUGCCUAAAGGAGUACCUGGGGUUGGAAAGGAGGUUGCUAUGCGGUUUAUGAACUCUCUACCCAGCUCUGCUGAUCCCCUCAAUCUAUUCCAAUCCUGGAAAGGAGGUUGUGAUUCAGAUUCUCAGACCAGUGAAGAAAGAAGUGUCAAAAAAAAAUGUCUGAGAGUUGAGGGAUUUCCCAACGAUGAUGUCAUCAAGGAAUUCUUUCAGAAUAAAGAGAAACCCUCUACCUGUCAUAUGGAAUGGAAAAGGCCUCUUCUACUUCACCUAAUGCAAUUCAAUUUGGUGAAGAUGGAAUGGCCCAUUGGGUACACGCAGGAGAAGGUCGUUCCUCUGGUGACCUUGUAUGACCUCACCCAUUUGACCUCUGACCCCAAAGGUCAUCUGCAUCCUGCUUCUAUUGUCAAGCUCAGAGUUCGGCAAGGUGUACAGUGUGUAGAAGUCAAAUGGCAUAAACCUGAAGAGCACAAGGAAAACGAUGAGGAUCCUGAUACCUUAUACACGACGGUGGAGGAGAGAGAACGGUUUGCAAUCGCCCAUCCAACGAUGAUGCAAGACUUUGUGGUCGCCAUGGAAACAAAGAAAGUUAAAGGAAGAGGAAAGAAGAAGCAAAAUUCAUCUUCAUCUUCACAGCAGGAAGGAUUGAUGGUUGAUGAAGCUUCCCAGCAUGCAUAUGAGACUAAUGUACCAGUAACCUUUGACCUACAGCUUCCUCCGAAGGUCAACCCCGAGCCACCACAGAUUCCAAGUUAUCCUGGAAUCAAACAGGAUGGGAGGGAACUCACCAGUGUUUACGAUGAUGAUGAAAUGAUGAAAAGAUUGAUUAGCCUUUCUCUUCACGAUGGUGGAGCAAGAGCAGAAGAAGGGAAUGAAAGAAGAGGGAGGGGAGAACAAAGGUGCCGGAAAGAUGAUACAAUGCAAAAGAGGACACACAGGCGGAAGAAAGAGACACAGGAUCAAGCAAAGAAAAUCAGUCGGAAAAAGGAAAGCUCAAAGGGAAAGGAUAAUACAGAGGACAGCUCUUCAGUCCAACUGACCCAGGAAGGAAUACCCUCUAUGAAAAGUACCUGUUUAGUAGAUGCUCAUUUUGCAAAUGGUCUAGGAACUGAAGAGACUGUGAAGACCAUACCUGACAUCCUAAGAGUAGUCGAGGACAUUGACAAAGAAGGAAGUGAAAGGAGGAAUGAGUUAGAAGAGGAACAAUCAUUUAUAGAGGUCUUACCGCUGUCUCAAAGACUUGGUUGCCACUCUUUGCAGGGAUUCAUCCCUAACUCUAGGAGAAAUAGAAAAAAUGAUUCAGGAAGUGCCUUAAAGAAUGCAAAACAAUGUGCCAGUCUUUCGUCAACAGAUGAUGAAUCAGAGGAGGGAAUUUAUGAAACUUUGCAGUUUCCUGAGGAGACACUGGAGACUGAUAGAUCAAGAUUGGUACACUUUACCAAGACCAAAAAUAGAGACCUUAGAAUGUAUUCAUCAAUUGCAUGCACUGGAUCUCCUCAACCUUCCAUUGCUGCUGCUGCUGAGGGAAAAUAUGAAGGAUGUUCUUCAGAAGGCUCCAUAGAUCAAAGGCAAAUUGGCGUCAGGGAAGCUCUGAAAAUCGUAACACCUAACGGCUUCAAAGACAAGCUAAAACCAACUCCAGCUUGCAGGGAAGAUACUACAGUAAAUGAUCAUCACACCCAACCUCAUUUACCAAACUUAACAACUGAUGAAGUCAUAGAUUUGACUGGAGACAGCCCUUUAAAUGACCAAAGAACAUCCCCUGUAUAUUCUUCAGAGGUUGUGGAGUCUACUGCUCACCGGUUACCAUCAGGAAGAGUCUUUGGCAUCAAGCACAGGAGUUCAGAUGAAAUUGAUUUUGAUGUAGACAGUUCCCACUCUUUAGAAGACUUUACUACCUGUCAAGGAAAGCCUGAACUUGAAAGAAUUUCCUCGGUGGCCUUUGAUCAUGAACAGUCAAGGUGUACUGUUGGUCACAAUCAAUCUUCUUUUAUGAAGUUAGACAAUAGCUUAGCAAAGUUUAUGAAUGAGCUGAGCAUUGUCUCAAAAUCUGCAACAGGAUUUGAAAGCUUUUUGGAAGGUGAUGAUUCUGUUUUUGUCAUUGAGGAUGCAGAGUGUUGCUUAGAGGAUGGGCAAGAGAGCACUAACAGGGAUGAAAGAAAUGGGGAAAAAAUGAAGGGACUUAACAACUCCUAUCAAUGUUCUGCACGAAGACAGUCAAGCAAAAGCCACGCAAACCCUCCUGUGCGAGAAGGAAGUGAUGUUGUGUGUGAUGAGGAGGUAACUGUCGAAGUAUUACAAAGUAAAUCUACCAAGACAGAAGAAGUAGGAGACAUACCAAAGGAUCAUGAACAAGAUAGGACAAAUAAUUACCUGGACUCUUCAGAAAAAUCCAGACUUCCAAUAGAGUUUUCGCUUGGAAAUGGAGAAGCCAGGAAUGUUGGUGGAAAGAUAGGCCAUGCUGAAAUAGAGAACAUAGCUGUUUCUAAACAACCUCAAGGAAAGAUGAGAGAGAAAUCUUGUAAUGGACGAAUCAGAAAGACGAAGCGAAAGGCGGUGACAAGAAACUCUUUACUUAUUGAAAAUGACCUUCUGAAGAUCCUUCAGACAAUGAGUCCUGUAACUGGUCGGUCAAGUUUCCCUGGGCAGCGAGAGACCGUUCUGCCAUUAGAGCCUGCUCAGGCAGCUGAAGAUCUUAGUUCGUGUUCAUCACACAUAGAUUCCAAACAGGGAUGUUCAGGUUCAUCCGCAAUAGCCCUCUCAUGUUUUCCAACAUCUUCAUCAUCACAUCACUCAGAGUUGCAACAUGAAACUAUAGGUUCAUGCACAACACCUUCAUCAUCUGCAUCUUUUAUGUCUGGAUCCAUAUCAACUAUUACCCCAACCUUGCCGAGGACAAUUGCUACUGCAAACUCGAAAUGUAGCACUUUGUCCAUAUCUGGGGAGCCACAGCCAACGAUUACCAACUCUUCCCAAGAACCCCAUAUAGCUUCUCCAUCCACCAAGUCAUCUCAUCUGCUCCGAGAACAACUCCUGUCAAUGUUAAGCCAACUCACCCCGGGGGAUUCUCCUUUGAUGGGUACCAAAGUUAUACAAAAGUCUCAAGACUUACUCCCAUCCUGCGUUGGAAGCCAGAAAUCCAGUGGCGUAGGUACGCCAAAAGUUGUCAAAGAUGAUCCAGCGCACACCACAAGGAGUACCCUCAAGACGUCCACUCAGCAUAACCCUUUCCAACAAAUCAGUACUACUAAAACUAAUGGAAAAUGUGAAUGUGAUUCAGUGAAUUCAAACGUUUGUGGAGAAGAAACAAAGUCUUCCCCAAAACUAUGUAAAGGAGACAAAUGUAAGCCGAAGCCUACACGGGGGUCUCAUUCGCUUGUAGGGGAAUCUGUAUCCCACAACGUCUGCAAGCCAAGGACAGAGCUCAAACCAAGAAGUCACUCACAGCCAUCAGCUGGUCCUGGUGUAACUACCAAGCGAAGCAGGUCCAAGCCAAGGAGCUGCUCACAGCCUGUCAGGUCCGGGACUAAGUCUCGAUCAAAGAAAUCUUUGAGGGGGUCUCAGAAACGAGAAUCCAUGCUCGCAAUGGAGAGCAAUCUUGGCAAGAUUUUGGAAGGACUUAGCAGCCCUCUUUGAAGGAAGCAGUGAUAUCUAUGUGUCCAAAACAACUUGUUUAUUUGAAAUUAAAAGAGGGGGGAAUCAUCAAAAUCCUAUGUAAUAUAAGAAACUUGUUGCACUUUAACCCAAUAUGCCCGGCACAGACACACUAAACAGUACUAACCAAACACCAGAACUGCUGCUGUGGUGCUUACAUCCAAGGGUGCAACAUUUUGAUAAUGUAGUCUCGUGUUUGCCUUUUUAAUUGUAUAUUUAAAGUUAUUUUAUGAGUCAAAUCUAUUCAAAUUUAAUACACAAGAUUGAUAUUGUUCUAAUAUUAUCAUUCAGCAUUAUCAGUAAAGAAACAUUAUUGUAUGAAUUUCUGUAUUUUGGAAAAUUAUCUCCUUGGCAUACUUAGUAAUUGUUGCAUUUUCACCAAAGAUUUCAUUUUUUACUGCAGGGCUUGAAAUUAAUUGAAAUGUCAUUUUUGCAAUUACUUCCUUAAUAAUUAUUAAUGUGUAGUCGUACUUGAUACUGUUCAAUAUGUCGAAUAUCAAGAUAACAAUGUAUUUGCCAUGUUUUAUAACCACCAGCAUUCAGAUGAGGGCGGAGGGGGCUUGUUUUAACAAAUGAGGGGGUGUGGGGGGGGGGGAGAAAGAGAAAAAGUGGUGAGGUAAAAGCCUGAAAAUAUAACCGUUUUCAGAGUAUUAUUCUAAAAUCUGUAUUAAAAAAAAAAGAUUUUUGUACUAAAAGGUCAAUAUUUUUGCUCACUCGCACCUUAGAAAGUUUGCCCCGUAUCUGGCCCCUGAAAAUUCAUCAAAGAAGAGAUUCAUGAAAUUUUGAAGAGUUUGAUUUGUGACAUCGUAUACGAACAGCUCCCCAAAUUAUCAAGCAAUGUAGAUUACAUUAAUUCAAGUUUUUAAAGUCUGCCUUUAGUUUUAGUAAAUCCGCCAAAAUGUGGCUAUUACAAUUCCAAUCCUUUUCCAUAUUACUAGUAUAUGAAUGUGUAUGCACUAAAACAAUUAUGAUGUAGAGCGUAUGAAAUGAAAAAAAGUAUAUUACAGGAUAAUUUUUUGUGAUUUUACUUUGAUAUAAAACCUAUUCCAAAGGAUGGAUAUAAUCUUUGUAGCUUCUUAGUAUCGAAUUUCGUACAUUUGUAAGAUAAAUACUCAGAGCCAUUUUAAAGGAAAAUAUCGCCUAGAGAGGGCGCUUGAUAUGUUUGAUAUGAAUAUUGAAAUGUUUGCAGAGAAUUGGCAGUUGCAAAAAUUAAAUAAUAAAACGUCUAUAAAUACAAGUUUUUAAGAUUUGAAUUUUGUAUAAUACUCGAAUAUUAUUGACCCUUUAUCACAGUCACCUAAGGUUUUAAUUUUGUUCUCAUAGAAGGGGGGGGGGGUGGAUGUGUCUGAUCAUAUAUCCAGCCUAUAAAUAUUUAAUCGAUUGUUAGUAAGAAUAAAUAUGUAAGAAUAAAUAUGUAGAGAAUCUGUAACCUAUCUAAAAGGUGACAUUCC